AUGAGUCAAGACAAUUUCUCGUUGAAAUUCCGCCGUCCAUCCAGCAAACUUCACAAGGACCCCCCUAGCUUCGGAUCGCGCAUUCUUCGGAGCCAUCAAAGCACCACUUCAUUGAAACGCCAUCCCUCCGCCCCCGUUUACCCACGCUCUUCCCCCAGCGGCAGUCGCGAGCACGUUCGCUCGCGAUCUAACGCAGCCUUCGGUUCCUCCUCCUCCUCCUCACUGGACCAGACCAGCGGCGGUCCGUCGCCUGCAAACGAAGAACGCUCCUCGUACUUUCCCAGUUUCGGCCGUUCCCGCACUCGCAGUUCCAAUCGCUUCUCCUAUGACCACAGCUCGGAUGAAUUAGCGACCUCUUCCUUUGAGACCCGGGGCAUGCUCGGGGCCUUGGAUGAGAACAGCGCGGAAACGGAACCGUUCCCUUUACAUCAGCCGCAGCCGCAGCCGUCGGAGUUGCGAUCGCACCAGAGCAGUCCCGAUUCACGCGGGCGGCAACCUCUUCGACAAUCAGCCAGCUUCACCACCCUCCCGAACCGCAUGGAUCCCUUUGCCCAUCGCGAGACCGAACGGCCUCCUCAAUCGAAGCGUUACUCCGACGAGGGCAACAGCACGCCGCCCGCCCGGACCGGGAGAAGCAAGAAGGCCAGCUUCUCGAGUUUUGUCAAUAGCAUGCUGGGCUCCCCACGCAGCAACAUCAAGAUCUCCGCCCCCGAAAACCCGGUGCAUGUCACCCAUGUUGGAUACGACAAUCAGACUGGACAAUUCACGGGUCUCCCAAAGGAGUGGCAGCGCUUACUACAGGAAAAUGGAAUCUCCAAGAAGGAACAGGAGGAACACCCGCAGACCAUGAUGGAUAUCAUGCGAUUCUAUGAAAAGAACACCCGCGGAGAUGACGAUGAAGUAUGGCACAAGUUCGAUAAUGCCCACAGCAUGACCACGAGUACGAUGAACAAGAAUACAACCAGCACCUCGCCGCCGUCGCCGCCCGGAAGCCCACGUUUCCCACAGAAUCAUGAAAGCAGCUUUGAAAAUCCCCGGUCGCCGCCGCCAAUUCCUCGCGGCCCUCCAGCUACCCUACCGCCGGCUGCUGCGACCGCGUCUAUGUCUCCCCCGCUGGGUGGCCUGGUCCCGCAUCGUGCCCCUCCCAAGCCGCCGACAGGCAUGAUACCAGCUCGGCCUCCUCCACAACCUCCCGUAUCACAAUCAUACACUGGCGGUGCUGUGCAGCGCCCUCAGGACCCGUACAGCUCUCCCUUCUCCACCCCACCUAUCCCCGAGGCCGCUCCUCUAGCAGCGUCCCCCAAGCCAAGCCGCUCGAACUCCCGGAAUGGAGUGCCAGCGCACAAGACUCCCAACGUAAUCGCCUCUCCGACCCAAUAUCAACAGCACCAGGAGCAAGUGAUGGCCGCUGCCCAGCAAGCCAUUGCAUCGAAACAGCUGGAUCGGAGUACCAGCCAACGCCAGCAAGCAAAGCAGCCGCAACAACAACAACCUCUCACCUUGGCCACCAAUACCGGUCCUUCCCCCGCGGAUUCUUCGCCUGUUUCGCCACCACCCCAGGGCAGCCGCGCGCCCCCUGCUGCUCGGCCUCGCCAGCGUCAGCGUCAGAGCAAUGCGAUGGACGUUCGACAGCGCCUGCUGGCAAUCUGUCGCCCAGGCGACCCUACUCAAAUAUAUUACAACCUCAACAAGAUUGGACAAGGUGCUUCUGGUGGUGUCUUCACCGCCUAUGAGACUGGCACCAACAACUGUGUGGCCAUCAAGCAGAUGAACCUUGACCUUCAGCCGAAGAAAGAUUUAAUUAUCAAUGAGAUCCUGGUGAUGAAGGAUAGCAAGCACAGGAAUAUUGUCAACUUCCUCGAUAGUUAUCUCCACGGUUUGGAUCUGUGGGUUGUGAUGGAGUAUAUGGAAGGUGGCAGCCUUACGGAUGUCGUUACCUUCAACAUCAUGAGCGAAGGGCAAAUCGCCGCCGUUUGCCGAGAGACUCUGGGUGGUCUUCAACACCUUCACUCGAAGGGUGUUAUUCAUCGUGAUAUCAAAUCUGAUAACAUCCUUCUGUCAUUGGAAGGCAACAUCAAGCUAACCGAUUUUGGUUUCUGUGCUCAAAUCAAUGACUCGCAUAACAAGCGUAAUACGAUGGUCGGUACUCCAUACUGGAUGGCUCCCGAGGUGGUCACUCGUAAGGAGUAUGGCCGCAAGGUCGAUAUCUGGAGUCUGGGAAUCAUGGCAAUUGAGAUGAUCGAGGGCGAGCCACCAUAUUUGACAGAAUCCCCGCUCCGCGCUCUUUAUCUGAUCGCCACCAACGGUACUCCCACUAUCAAGGAUGAGCAUCAAUUGUCGCACAUCUUCCGUGAUUUCCUCCACUUGGCACUCAGGGUCGAUCCGGAGAAGCGAGCGUCCGCUCAUGACUUGUUAAAGCAUCCUUUUAUGGGCCUUUGCUCUCCACUCACACACCUUGCCCCUCUGGUCAAGGCUGCUCGGCAGAGCCGAGCCCAGGAGAAGGCACAGAAAGGUGGUGCUUAG